CAUGAGCUGCUGAUAUAAAAUAAGAGGUUCUGUGUCAGUUUACAGCAAUUUCAAGAUACAGUAUUAUUCCUUCUACAACAAAGGCAGACAUGAAGGCAGCACUGAUUACUCUUACAGUUUUUAUCUUUGUGGCUUUUUAUAAUGAAGCUGAGUCCGCACCAGGAGGAGAAACCAAAAGGCGCACUGAGGCUUUUAAAAGGAACAUCGAUGAAUUUUCAAAGCCAACACAAAGAGGAGAAACCAAAAGGAGCAUUGAGGCUUUUAAAAGGAACAUCGAUGAAUUUUCAAAGCAAAGACAAAUUGGUUCAGAUGUUGUCUCCUGCUGUUUUGAUUAUAUGAAGAAGCCAAUCCCUUUCAAACACAUGACAGAUUACUUCUACACCAGCAGCCGCUGCUCCAAAUUUGCAGUUGUUCUUGUCACCCGGAAGAAUCGGAAGAUAUGUGCAAAUCCAGAAGAUGAAUGGGUCAAGAAUAUCAUUAAUGCCCUGGAGAUGCCUGAAGCAACACAGAAGCCAUAAAAGAAUAAAACUAUAAAAUCUGCUUCAUAUUGCCAUCCUAUGCAUAACAAAAUGCAAAUUUCUAACCAGCAGUCCUUUAGCUUAAACUGCUUUUUUUUUGGUAAAUGCAUUAAUAAAUAAAUUCUGUUAUGUAGUAACUUUCUAGCUUACCUGGAAUUUUUGGAGUUGUAGUCAGUACCCUUUAUGCAAGCCAUCUGGAUAAAGCCUCUUUUCAGUACAUUUCCAAACAACUAAAGCUGGCCAUAUACUGCCAAAUCUACACAUAAGCAAAUGCCAGAAAGUGGACCUGGGCCUGAUUUGGCCACCCAUUCACAGAGCCAAAUUGAGUGGGUCUGAUUAUUGGCCAAAGGACCAAUGAUCGGAUUAUACACUGGGCAUAACGGAGACAAUUUUCAAUCCUGCCAAUUGAUAUUUGACCAGAUGUCGGUCAGACAGGCCUGUUGGUGGGCACCAUAGACUGGCUUAUUAUCUGUUGAUUCAGUCUGGAGUGAUGGAGUCAGCAGCUUUUAUUAGUCUAUCUAUGACCACAAUGGAAUCAAAGAUUCCAGAUAUGCACUGUAAGACAUGAGUGUAAAUUAUACCUCUACAAUGUGUUUUCAUUACAAUGAAUUAACUGUUUUGUUUACUUAUUUUUAACAAAAAGCUAGUCACACAUGGAGGAAGUGUGAAGUUAUGAAGUUGCAAAAUUAGAUGUUACUGGGCCCCAGAGCAAAAUAUUAUAGAACUAUCAAAAGCCUGCAAAGCUUUGAAAAGGUGAUGAUUCUAACAUACUGUAUUGAAAAUAGGUGAUUUCCACAGGGACCACUAUACUCUUAGACACAUCAGGGUUUGCGGCCUCUGUCAGACAACUGUGUGCAACACACCAAAUAAACCAAGAAAGAAAUGUUAGACCUUUAUGGCAUAAAAUCAAUAAAGGUAAAUAAAUAAUAAGCCUAUAAAAUUCUGGAGGCUCCCUCUAAUACACCAGGUGAAUCUCAGGAAUUGUCUUCAUUGGUAACAUGGUCUGGGUCAGUUUUGUACAUUAAACAUUCAGGUACUUUACAAAGGAGGUGGUAGAAAGGAAAUUGUACUACAUCUAAUACAUAAGGUAGGUAAGUUUGUUUUCUCUUUCCCUUACUUUAAACACAAAGUGGAGUUUGUUGAUGCUACAGAUUUCUAAAAGCGCAAGUAAAGGCAGCUUUCAUUUUCUUUCCUCUCUUGCAGGUAAAAUGUACCAAUACUUAAUAGAUCACAAUAAAGCACUUGUUUUAUUAGGUGUGAUUAGGUGAAUAUUUUAGCCAUAAAGAAGCACUGGAAAUGGUGCAGAUUAUUUCUCUAUAGCAGUUAAAAGUAUCCUAUCCACCUUGAUGUACUUUUACAAUCAAACCCAUUAAAAAUGGAGACAUCAAGCUCCUUCCAACCGUAACUUCCUGGGCCUCAAGUGAGGACAGUACUGCUGCAUGUCCUGCUGCGAAUCUUCAGUAAAAUGUUGCUUUUCAUACUGUACCCUAUUACUCAGUUAUACCUAUAAUGAAUUAUUGAUGCUGUUUGUUUCUUAAUCACCAAUAAAGAAAGUUGCUUAGU